AUGACAGUAACAAAGAAGAAAGAUAGUAAUAACCGCCGUCAUAAAUUUUGGACAGAAGCAACUUCUAGACAGUAUCAGGGAAUACCUAGUAGCUUAAGUUUUUAUGGCGGAUUCAAUGUUAAACAAAAAUCUAAAGGGAUUUGCGGACAUGCUCCAAGCACUUUCAUCAUGCAAAGGGUCGAGGUAUUGGAAGCGGAGGGAGAUGGGUGA